AUGAGCGAGGACAACGACAUCCCCUCCAGCGGGGACAUUCUGCGCCUGCUCGACACGCUGCAGACGGCGGUCGACGCGACGGCCAAGUCGUCCGCCCCGCUGCUGAAGAAGGCCAAGGCCGCCGACGAGUCGCUCGACCUCUCGGCCGGCAUCUCGCUGCUUCUCGUCCGCCCGCAGCUGCUCCUCGCGAGCCUGCACCACCUCGUCGUGAUGGCCGGCAUCCGGCUCUCGUCGUUGAGCGAGUACACGCCCGACGCUGCCGCCUCGACCGCCCUCGGCUCAUCUUUCGCCUCGUCUUCCCGCGCCCGUAACACGGACAACAUUGAGGACGAACUCGCCGGCGAGCUCGCCCUCUGUCACGAGGUCAUGGACAAGGUCCGCGGCAUGGAGGCCAAGCUCGAGUACCAGAUCAAGAAGCUCGUCGGGCUCGCCGAGGCCGACGCUGCCCGCGGCAAGGCCGUCGCCGAGGACGUGGAGGAGGACCCUCUGUCGUUCCGCCCCAACCCCAGCGCGAUGGUCGCCGCCCCCCGCGCCGAGCCCGAGAAGAAGAAGGCCGCAGACGGCGACGAGGAGGACGGAGUGUACCGCCCACCACGAGUCGCCGCGAUGCCGUACAACGAGCCGACCAAGGGGCGCAAGGAGCGCCGCGCGCCGGCCCUGCUCUCCGAAUUUGCUGCUGGCCUCGAUGGCGCACCAGCAGUCCAGACGACGACGGGUCUGUCCACGCGUCCGGUCCUGGCGGGCGCGCACACCAACUCGGCGAGCGCGAAGCGCGCGGCCGAGCUCAAGCGCAUCCAGGAGUUCGAGGAGGACAACAUGACGCGUCUGGUGACAACGAAGCGCGAGGCCAAGCGCCGCCGCGACGACGAGGAGGCGCUCGCGCUCGGCUUUGGUGUUGGCGGCCGCGGGCGCCUGCGCCGCCAGAACGGCCUCGAGGCCGAGCUCGAGGGCGUGCUCGGCGAGCGCGGCUCCAAGGGCGUGUGGGACGGCGUGUCGGCCAAGCUGGGCAAGCGCGACGCCCUCACCGAUCGCGGAAAGCGUGCGGCUGCGAGCACGGGCGAGCGCAAGUCUGGCCCCAAGAAGGCGCGCUUCGAGAAGGACCUCGCGCGCAAGCGCCGCGCGAUCGGCCUCUAG